AGAGGUCAACAAAUGACGGGAGGUUUUGGCUUGAAAGACUGUGAGCGUGAAAGUUUUAAAUAUUCGGCGAGCUAUCAUGAUCAAAGGAGAAUUUGCUUUGAAAGAAGAGCUCAGAGGAUUAGAGGAGAAGAUGUUCGAAAAAAUGGACGCUGAGCAUCGGAGCUUAAAACAGUCACAUAGAGGUAGCCUUUCUCUCGAAGCUUCACAUCACCAUCUCAUAGAGUAUGUGGAACUUUUAAAACAAGCAACUUUUAUGAACCUUGACAUAAAGGAGUGGGUAAUUGAAAAUGACCUUCUUGUGAAUCGUUUAAAAGAGGAUGGCAGUAAAGCAUCAGUUCAGAAUGUUCUGGAGAGUUUCACCUCUCUGUUGGAAAGAGUCCAAGGCCUUCCACCAGAUACGGCAUUCAUUUGCUAUGAACAAGCAGUUGUGUAUAAUUUGUGCCACUUGCUGUUACAAGGCCAGAUGAAUGUGAGCAUUGGAGGUAUUCACAAAAGUGCUGCCAUACUCCACCAAAGCAUCUGUAGAGCACUUGCAGCAUUCAGAAUAGAACCUUGUCACCAAGGGGAAGAGGACUUCAGCAACAUACAUCUUUUUGGUCCAGCAAACAUUGAGUGUACUAUAGACUCACUUCUACCAGCAUUGUUUAAGGAAUUGAUCAAGAGAUCUAUUGGGUGUGGCCCCUUUGUGUUGAGUUGCUGCCUUUUAGCAUUUCAGUGGCUAAUUGAUGAGAAAGUGAACCAGGCUGUAAAACUUCUUUACCUGAUGCAAAGUCAGUUGAAACUUGUGGAUUCAAACAUGAAUUUUACUGAUGAGGUACCUGCUGAUCGGCUUCCUGUAUGCCUCUUCAGUUUAGAAUACAGCUCAUCAAUUUCUAAUAGUAUAAUCACUUCCUCCACCCUCUCAGCCAAAGACUUGACAGAUAUACAGAGUCUGUUGUCGGUGGUGACAAGUCUGUUGGCAUUUGCCCUCUUUGCAAAUAAGGAAUACGAAAAGGCACUGGAAAUACUGAGGGGCAAAGAAAAUACUCAUGAUGUUGGUUUUCAUGAUCUCUAUCUCAAAGGAUACAUUCUCUAUGAACAAAAUCAAGUGGACAGUGCACUGACAUGCUUUCAGGAGUGUUUAUCCAUCUCACAAGAACAGAACAGAGCUGCGACUUUGAAUAUGCUAGGGUGCUGCUGUGCAGUCAAGGGUAAACAUCACACUGCGGUAGCGAAGUUCAAGGAUGCCCUGGAACAUGAUUUCCAGCAGCUGGAGGCUCUUUUUAACAUUUCUCUUCAAUAUCAAAAGAUGGACAAGUUUGAAGCGCAAAUAAAAGCUCUUGAACUUUUAAAAGAGGUCAUCAAGGCUAGAGGGAGUGAGCCACAGACUUGCCAACACCUUGUAGUAAGUCCUCGAGAUCACAGCAGAGAACACAGUAAAGGUAACCUAGAUGUGGAAUUAUCCGUUCCUCCAAGAUUUUCCUUGGGCAGUUCGAAGUCAAGUGCUCGCAUGUCAAAAGAAUUGGUUACUUACAUACUAGCGAAAAGAUAUUCAGAAUUAGGAAGGUUCGAGGAAGCAGCGACGAACUUUCUGGAGUUGCUGGUCAAUAUUGUAGAAGUGCGCACCUCCAACUUUCGGCCGAACGUCCAAAAUCUCCCCAGUCCUACCGAGUUGUAUAAAAAAUGUGCAUUUGCGCUGUCUAAAGCUGGGAGACAUGAAGACGCGGUGACAAUUUGUGAUAAAGUUCUUACUUCUAUCGAGCAUGGAGAACCUACUGAACAAGGUCACAACGAUGAAAUAAGAGCCAACGAUAAAGCUCCAAAGAAAAGGCUGCGAUCAGAUGACGGGGAAGAUUAUUUGAGCACCUUCAAUAGCGAAACGGUGUCUGACAACAUACAAAUGCUUAUGUUGAAAUCAGAGUCAUUGGUUCAUCUUCAAAAACCACUAGAGGCCUUGCAGUCUCUCAACAGGGUACUGGUCGCACUGGAAGAUGUCCAGUUAGUAAAAAAUCAAGAAAGAAUCCAAGGCCACAAGGAUAAUGAUGGACAACAGAGGAAAAGGAGAAAGCUCGACUGCGGAGACAAUGUUUCGUGUGAGGAGCAAAGCGAAACUGACAACUCAAGAAGGCCUGCUAGAGUAAAGGUCCAAGCGUACAAUCAGAAGGCUUCUAUUCUAGAUGAACUGGGUCAGACCCAUGAUGCCUUGCAUCAGUUGCAUCUCAGUUUAGAGUGUUUAGCAGAACAUCCUGAGACAGUUUAUAAGCAUACGCGGUUGCUCCUGAAGCUUGGUUCAAACAAAGAAGCAGCACACAACUGGCUUCAAUUCCGAGGUGUCCUUCUUCACUCGCACAAAGGGGACCUGGAUUCCCUUUGGAAAGUACUCCGCUCAUCAACAACAAAGUUUCUGGAAAGUGACGUUAGCAACGAGCAAGUCCGAGAACUAGACGAGUUGACCUUGAAUUGGUUGAGCGAGAAUAAAGAGCAAAAUGCGUUUUAUCCACAUGCCAGGGUUUAAAACUCUAUUCGAGCGAAUGUUUUCAUAGAUUUAAGAAACGUUCAGUUACGUCGUCAACAAAGAUGCCAUCUUCUAGCGUUGAAGAUUAUACCAAAUUUGAUGGAUUGCUGUCAGGGCUACAGUGCAUUUUUAACCAAAGAUAAACUUUAAGCCCGUUCUACAAGUCCUUUUGUAGGAUUUGCACGUCUCAGUGGUGCAUAAAGAAUGAGAGACAGUGUUUCCGUUUACCAUGAAGAGUAGUUAUGCUGUUGAGUGUUUGUUAUCGUUUCUGUUGUGAUAACUCAAAUUAUUUUAUUAGUACAAAGGCGAUACAAGACCCAAUAAAAAUCAUAACUUCAAA